CACCGGUGCACCUGGGAACCCGCCUCCAAAUGGUCUAAGGACUACCGCCUCGGGCAAUCCUCAUAUAAUACUCCGUACACUUGGUCUUCAGAACCUCUGGCACCAUCAUUUAGCUCGGGAUUUUCCCGUGCGGUUUAUUAGCGACGGCUUUCGGAGCAUGAUUUUCUCAAACACUUGAGCUGGCGGAUAUCAAUUAAUCGAGAAUCAAAUACUCUGCAUUCAAGACAUAAUAAACUCUGCUGUAUCCAUGUCCCAGCCAUGGGACUACAUCGCUAAGCUUGUCUGUAUCGGUGACUCCGGAACUGGAAAGUCUAGCUUAACUAUCCGACUUUGCGAAGGACGCUUUUCAUCUUCCCACGAUGUGACUAUUGGUGUGGAAUUUGGAUCGCGCAUAGUUCCAGUUGGGCCACCUGCUUCAAAGGCCUUGGAAAUAGAACCAAACGAUAGCCCUCACAGCCGGACCUCUUCACUGGCAAUAGCUCUAGAUACCUCCAAUGAGCUUGUCAUGUCGGGCUUACCUAACCCUCCGCGCAAGGUACCCGAGUCACAAAAGAAGAUGAAAUUAUCGUUGUGGGAUACGGCAGGUCAAGAAACGUACAAAUCCAUCACACGGUCUUAUUUCCGCGGUGCCUCUGGAGCUCUGCUUGUGUUCGAUAUAACGAGGCCAUCUACAUUCGCUUCAUGCACCCAGUGGCUGCAAGAUUUGCGGCAAAUUGCGGAAGAGGAUAUCGUAGUUUUACUUGUCGGUAACAAAAGCGAUCUAGCUAGUGAUGAUUCGCAACGGAGUCAGAGGCAUGUUACGAGGCGAGAGGCGGAGGAGUGGUGUCGCAUGAACAAUGUCGUACGCUACGUCGAGACCAGCGCAAAGUCUGGCGAUGGCGUCGAGCGUGCUUUCGUUGAGGUCGCCGAAAGAAUCUAUCGAAACAUCGAAGCGGGCAGAUACGAUCUAAAUGACCGCAGAAGUGGAGUGAAGGGUUUCGGCGCUUCCGGGGGGGCAAACACUAGCGUACCCAAAACUGUUACACUGGGUCUGAAUGAUGCAAUGCGCAGGGGUGGAAACGGUUGGGCUGCAAACUGUUGUUAAGUACAUAACGCCAACGAUGGCGAUGUUAUGCGAAACUGCCUGAAAACUGAGAAAAUUUUGAGAAGUUAUCCUCUUUAAGAAGCAAGUGUCAAGAGCUAGAGCUAAGCUUUGGGAGAGUAUGCCCUGCAUAUUUUCGGAAAUACUAUCGAAACUCAAUAUGUCUUGUUCUUGGGUCUGACGGGUUAAGCUACCGACCG